AUGGAUUUAGAUGCUAUUACAAAACACUCGGCAUUACACGCCAAGCCCAGCGGCCUCGUUCUUCAAUAUGGCACUGCUGGAUUUCGAACAAAAGCAGAACAUCUUGAUCAUGUCAUGUUUCGCAUGGGAUUAUUAGCUGUUCUUCGGUCAAAACAGACAAAAUCUACAAUAGGAGUCAUGGUAACAGCAUCACACAAUCCUGAGGAGGACAAUGGUGUCAAAUUGGUUGAUCCUUUGGGUGAAAUGCUGGCACCUUCCUGGGAGGAACAUGCUACCUGUUUGGCAAAUGCUGAGGAGCAGGAUGUGCAGAGAGUGCUGCUGGACAUCAGCGAGAAAGCUGCAGUGGAUCUGCGGCAGGAUGCCUUCGUCGUGAUUGGUAGAGAUACCAGGCCCAGCAGUGAGAAACUUUCACAGUCUGUAAUAGAUGGCAUCACUGUUUCAGGAGGUCAAUUCCAUGAUUACGGCUUGCUGACAACGCCGCAGCUGCACUACAUGGUGUACUGCCGGAAUACCCAGGGCCAGUACGGACAGGCCACCACAGAAGGUUACUACCAGAAGCUCUCCAAGGCUUUUGUGGAACUUACCAAACAGGCUUUCUGCAGUGGGGACGAAUGUCUAUCACUUAAGGUUGACUGUGCAAAUGGCAUAGGGGCCCUGAAGCUGAAAGAAAUGAAAAACUACUUCUCCGAGGGGCUGUCCAUUCAGUUGUUUAACGUUGGGACUACAGGGAAACUCAAUCAUUUAUGUGGGGCUGACUUUGUGAAAAGUCAUCAGAAACCUCCACAAGGAAUAGAAAUGAAACCCAAUGAAAGAUGCUGUUCCUUUGAUGGAGAUGCAGACAGAAUUGUUUAUUACUACUCUGACGCAGAUGGCCACUUUCAUCUCAUUGAUGGAGACAAGAUAGCGACGCUCAUUGGUAGCUUCCUUAAAGAGCUCCUGCUGGAGAUUGGAGAAAGUCUGAAUAUUGGUGUUGUACAAACGGCAUAUGCAAAUGGAAGCUCAACACGGUAUCUUGAAGAAGUUAUGAAGGUACCAGUCUAUUGUACUAAAACUGGUGUAAAACAUUUGCACCACAAGGCUCAGGAGUUUGAUAUUGGAAUUUAUUUUGAAGCAAACGGGCAUGGCACAGUGUUGUUUAGUAAAACUGCUGAAAUGAAGAUAAAACGGCUAUCAGAAGAAUUAGAAGAUAAGAAAAGGAAAGCUGCUAAGAUGCUUGAAAAUAUUAUUGAUUUGUUUAACCAGGCAGCUGGUGAUGCUAUUUCUGACAUGCUGGUGAUUGAGGCAAUCUUGGCUUUGAAAAGGCUGACUGUACAACAGUGGGAUGUUCUCUAUACAGAUCUUCCAAACCGACAGCUCAAAGUUAAGGUUGCAGACAGGCAAGUUAUUAGCACCACGGAUGCUGAAAGGAAAGCAGUCACCCCCCCAGGACUACAGGAGGCUAUUGACAAUCUGGUGAAGAAGUACAAGCUUUCCCGAGCUUUUGUCCGGCCCUCUGGUACAGAAGAUAUAGUCCGAGUAUAUGCAGAAGCAGAUUCACAAGAAAGUGCCGACAGCCUUGCACAUGAAGUGAGCGUGGCGGUAUUUCAGCUGGCUGGAGGGGUUGGAGAAAGUCCCCAACCAGGUUUCUGA